GGUGUUUGCAAGGUUUUUGCAUGCCUUUUAGGUAGUUAGCUUACUAGUUUUGGAACAGAACAGAGUGUUGCUGCUUUAAGUAUAAACAGGAUGACAAAUAUGGAAUAUUUUUGCCACCGACUUUGAUGGUUUGUGGUUACGUUCUUAAGUUUUGACGUAUUUGUGUGCUGUUGCUGUGGAAACCGUGUGGGAUUGUGUGCUGUUGCUGUGGAAACUGUAUGGGAUUCUGUGCUGUUGCUGUGGAAACCGUGUGGUAUUGUGGGCUGUGUUUGUCAUCCAGGCAGUAUGUGCGGGAGAAGGUGAUCGGUGUGAUGGGCCUGAAACCCACUGGCCAGUACUGUGAGGUGACACGCUCACGAGGCCUACGGGCGUGCAGGGGAAAGCUGAUGAGCACCAUUCUGGACUGGGAGGACCCGCUGCCUGACCGUGACCUCAACAGAGCUGAAGAUGCCUCCAGGCGUGCUGAUGUGGCCAUUACGUUGGGGACGUCUCUUCAGAUAAAGCCCAGCAGUGACCUGCCUCUCAUCACCAAACGCAAGGGAGGAAAACUAGUCCUCAUCAACUUACAGCCCACCAAAUACGACAAGCAUGCUGACCUCGUUAUCCAUGGUUACGUGGACGAGGUCAUGGGUCAGCUGAUCAAGUGCCUGGGGAUGGACAUCCCCGAGUGGGAGGGGCCAACGAUGUGUGAGACCUCCCCCGGAGACCCUUUUGACCCGCCCCUCAGCAAACUCAAAGAAGAGGUGAAGACGGAGGAGGAGGAGGAGAAGAAGAAGGGAUCAGGGGUGGUGAAGAAAGAGGAGGAGAAGAAGGGAUCGGGAGUGGUGAAAAAAAAGAAAAAAGGCAGAGCGAUAAAGGGAGUGGCAGCUGUCAAACGAGAGCAGGAAGAACCGCCCUCAGAGACUCUUCCAAAGAGCGAACCUGCAGCAGAGACGGACAGCAGCUCUGAGCCAAUGAGAACACAAUCUGCCCACAAUGAGGCGGAGUCGGUUAAUGGUGCAGAACCGGAUCCUUCCUGUCUGUCCGAGCGCGCUGAUCAGCCGUCCCAACCCAAGAAAGCCCGGACUAAGCCUGCUGCAACGUAAACACACCGUACUACACACAAAACACACACACACACACACACACACACACACACACACACACACACACAGACUCAGACUGCAUCCAGACACACUGCUCGGACUGCACAGCAGGUGCUGGAGAAAAUGCACAUCUCACAAACUCUUUUUUACCACAGGGGUGAUCGGCAUCAAGCCACACACACACACACACACACACACACACACACACACACACACACACACAGACACAUUUCUGCAUGCAUACUCAAGGGGAAACUUGCAGACUGAGACUGGACUGUGGUCAGCUGCUCCCUUGAGCUGCUCAGAGUCUCUGUCUGAGUAACAGCACCUCACCCUCAUUACCCCUCCUCCUCCUCUCUCACUACCCCUCCUCUCAUUACCCCUCUUCUCAUUACUGCAUCCAAGCCCUCAUUCUCCUUCUCUGUCUGGUGGUAGUUUGGACUUCAAAGAUGGCCUCUUACUCAGAGUGCCCCCUCCUGGUCCAUUGUGUGUGUCCCACUCUGCAGGUCGUCUGGGGAUACUCCGGUGGAACGU